GGUGGAUUACUGCGACGUGAUUGAUUUCAAGUAUGAGAGGCUUGUGAAAUUGUGCUAUUUUUGUGGGCAGAUAGGCCAUAACUAGCCGACUUGCAGAAGGAUGGAUGAGGAAAGGAAGAGGAAUGGAGUGGCGUACCUGUCGGAUGUAUACAACGCAUCGCUCAAGGCUGGAAUCGACUCUCCAAAUAGAUCGGGUAACUUCAGAAACAAUAGAGAAGGAGAAGGUUCUCAGAGCUCACAGUCGGGAAGAGACAGAUCAAGGUCGGGGGACUAUUAUCGGCGAGGAGAAGAAAUCGCUGGAGCAGUCGCGCGGGUAGGAGGGGCG